CCCGCAGCCCGCAGCCCGCGACCGGACGUUCACCGGUCACCAAUCGGCAUCGCGCAGUCAAUCUAUAGACCACGGACGUUGCCCUCGAGAUCAUCGAGCCGAGGUGCUAUCACAGAUCAACGGGAGAUCCCACAUAGUCCAGGAACACAGCGCGGUCAUGAGGUGCAACGCCAAUAUCAUGAUUGUCGAUCACGACGUCGUGCUCGUGCCGUAUAGGUCGGAACACGUUGCUAAAUAUCAUGAAUGGAUGACGAGCGCUGAGUUGCGCGAGCUCACGGCCAGCGAGUCGCUUUCGCUCGAGGAGGAGUACGAGAUGCAGCGAAAAUGGCGAGAAGACGAGGAUAAGCUCACGUUCAUCGUUCUCGCUGCCAGGCCAGCAGACGCAUAUCCUCCUCAUGUUACCCAGGAUCUCAGCGCUAGCAGCGCAUCAUCUUCCUCGUUCGUACCGGCUAUUGGCUCUUCGGCCGUGCGCGCGUACGAUCCCGAAUUCGUGCGCUCGCUGUCGAUGAUCGGGGAUGUCAACAUGUUUCUGAAGAACUUCGAGCGCACACACGAAGGUGGACAGGAACCAAUAGAGAAAGAAGAGGCUACAGAGGAAGAGGACGCAGCACCAGAGGCGGAGGUGGAGAUCAUGAUCGCUGAACCUGCCUAUCGCAGGCACGGCCUCGCCUCCUGUACAUUGCAACUUUUCCUUGGUUACACCCUAUCUUCUCAUGCCCUCCCCGUCGACAUCUCCCCACGACACCUUGUCGUGCGUAUUUCGGAGACGAACGCGCCCAGCAUCCGACUCUUCGAGCGGCUAGGAUGGGAGGUCGUCAAGAGGGUGGAGGUAUUCGGAGAGGUGGAGAUGCGCGUGAGAGAGGAUGUGCUGGGUGAGAAAAGGUAAGGUGGGGCGUGUAGGCAGGGCUUGUGAAGCGCUGUUCUGAGAGAGUCGACUUAUCGAGCACUAAUGAUUCCAGUGCGGAGAGGGGUCGGCGGGUGAGUAAGGCGUCUUGCAGUCUCACGGGCUUCCGAGGUUCCUUCUAAAGGUCACCCCAUCGGUGCCAGAUUUGUUCUGGGAUG